AUGAAGUUCUUCACCCUGCUCCAUCUCAGCCUCUCACUCCUCACCGCAGCCACGGCUCCUCCAUCAGACCAACAACCGCUCCGCCGGCCAGACGACCAGCAGCGUCUGCCGCCUCACCCACCCCCCGGCCACCUCCCCGUCAUGAUGGGCUCCUCAAACGACAACAACAACGACAGCCAAGUCCAGCCCGCCGUCCUGCUCUACGACAUCCUCGGCACCCAGCGCUCCCUCACCACCUUCUUCUCCCUCACGCGCAUGCACGAGUCCACCAGCGAGCCCCUCUCCGACGCAAACACAAACACCACCGUCCUCGCGCCGGGCAACGUCGUCAUCGACGACCAGCCACGAAAGCCCUGGGAGAACCCUAGCGACUACGCUGCUUUGGGUGAGCAGGCGUAUGAUGGCUCCGGCGGCAAAGAUCGCGCCGACGACAAUUUGCGCAGGUUUGUCGAGGCGCAUCUUGUCGUCGGGACGAGUCCCUGGGAGGCUGGCGUCAAGGCAAAGACUGCUGCGGGCACGGAGGUGUGGUGGGAGGCGAAGAAGGACAAGGACGGCAAUGAGCAGAGGGUGAUUAUGCCGGAUGAGGUGCAAGUCGACCGUGUCGCCAGCCGCGUUGCAAAUGGGGAAGUUUGGAUUUUGAACGGCGUCUUGAAUUCCGCAUAA